UGUGUGUUUCUCGGCUGUAUCAGUCUUCAGGUCUUCAGUCAUGAACAGAACUGUGCUGCUGGUCGUGUUGUGUCUGCAGGUUUUCCUGCUCAUCUCAGACUUCACUUCUACUGAUGCAGAAACACUGAGGACUGAUGCUGAACAGAAUCCUGAUCCGGUGGAGAGAGGACAUAAGCGCAAUGACAGAUUUGGAAAGAGACGCAGAUUUUGGGGUCAGUGCAGGAGAGACGGUACAUGUGUAAGGCCAGGAGCAGAAAAUCUGGCUGCUAUGCCUCCUCCUCCUCCGCCUCCCAGACCAGAGUUCAGGUCUGCUGAAUGGAUGGAUGGAAUGGAGGGAAGAGUACAACACAUCAGCAGAAAAUCCAGACCCUCAUCUAACUGUAGCUGGAGACCAGGAGGGUGUUCAUCUUUAAGGGUUGGGGAUCAAGGGGUGCCAGCACCUGUGUUUACUACUCCUCCCCCUCCUCCACCUUAUGAAGAAGACUUCAUGCCACAGCCGAUGUGGUAGAUCAGAUCCUUAUUGAUCCACACAGCACUUAUGGAGCUACUUUAUAAGAAAUGAAAUGUAUUGAUUAUGUAACGGCUCCGUCAUAACCAACGUACUGAUCUUAUUUUUCUAUCUCGUCCAUGUAACCUCCAGUAUUUGUUAUCUUGACCUUCUCUCUGCUAAUUAAAUGACUCAAAAAAAUGACUCUCACUGCUGUGCUGAACAAAGUCAAUGUAACAGUGUUUGUCUUCCACCUGCCCACAGAUCACAAUCAAAUGUGCUACUGAAUAAAAACAAACAUUUGAAGACUUAA